CCCAGUGAGGUUCAAAGUGGGAUUGAGCUUCAAGUGUUUAGUGCUUUUGGCAUUAGAAUGUUUCACUUUUUACUGUAGUUCCUUGUGAGCAUGACUCCAGUCUGGAUCCUGAUUUUUUCUCUCAGCAAAAUGUAUUCAGUCCAAUCUGUGGAUUUUGAUAAAGCAGUCUCGCUUGUCUCUGCUGAUUUCGGUCACACUGUGGCUCUUCAGUGCACACUUACAGAAAAGUCCAAUAAUGAUCUUAUACUUUGGUACAAGCAGAAACUUGGAGGGAUUCCUCAGGCGAUUGGAAUGACUGGACUGUUGAUCACUGAAAUAAUUUUACCACCUUUCAAUAAAUCUAACUUUCAAUUGCACAUAACAGAAGGAAACAUUCCUCUAAGUAUUCUCCAUGUUACAAAAGACGAUGAAGCGAUGUACUUCUGUGGAAAAUCUCAAAUGAAUAUGAUUGAGUUUUCUAGUGGAACAUUUUUAUCUGUGAGAGACAAACAUCCUUUGGACAUCUUCGUGUUCCAGAGCAGUGUGUUGGACUCGGUUCCUGCAGGAGCGUCAGUGACUCUGCAGUGCUCGGUUCUCUCUGAGAGCAGAGCAGCAGAACUCCAAGUGCUCUGGUUCAGAGCUGCUCCACCACAAUCCCAUCCUCAAAUCAUUUACACUCAUCACAACAGCAGCCAUCAGUGUGAGAGCGGCUCUUCUACACACACCUGUGUGUACAACUUCUCCAAGAACAUCCUCAGCCUCAAUGAUACUGGGACUUACUACUGCGCUGUGGCCGCGUGUGGAAAGAUCAUUUUUGGGAACGGGACACGAGUAGAGUUGGCAAGCUCUGAAAAUCCUUUAAUGAUGAUUCUGGCAACAGCGUUGGGAGUCUGUGCGAUUCUGCUCACUGCUGAAACCAUUAUAAUUUGUGGAGGGACAAAUUCAAAAUGCCACAGUGAAAGACAAAUUAUUGUGAGACGAAAGGCACCUGAUCAGGGCCAUGAUGUAGAGAUGACAUCUUUGAAUUACGCUGCUCUACAUUUAAAUAAGGGAAAGUCCAAAAGCAAGAGGAAGAAAACCAAACCACCUCAAGACAUUGUGUACUCUGAAGUGAGACAUCUUGCUGCUAUUGAAUAACUCGGUCCUCUAAUUCUUGCUCAUUUUUAGCCACGAAAUAACAAAACCUAGCAGCUGUAGGAAGGUUUAUGAGAAAUAUAUCUCCACUUCUUCUGGUAUUUCCUCUCUACCUGACUGGGCAACAGUGGUGUCUUGUGGUGAUUUUGUGUGAAGAAACUGAGUAUGAUCUGACAUAUAGUGGGAUCAUCAUAGAGCAUGUGUAAAAAUAAAUAAAUAAAUAAGUAAAAAGUGAACACAAACAUACAUUUCCCAAACCAGGGACACCUGUUUACACAGUACACAUGAAGUGAAACCUAUUUACACAUUUACUUCGCAAACUAAAAAUUCAAAUUUUAUUAAAUACACAGUAUGACAAGAAGUGAAAUGCUUAUUACUGCCCAUAACCUAAAAUAAAUAAAUUACUAAGAAAAACAGAAUUACACUACAAAAUUAUAAAUUUACACUCGAAAAUAGAAUUAAACAAAAUAUAAAACUUGCAAAAACACUGGAAAUUGAGUUAUAAAAAAAUUGAUUUUAAGUAGAAAUGUGUAAAAGUUAAGUAUAAAAGUGUAAACUGUGAAAGUAUGAAGAUAUAAAAAUGUAAAAUGAUGACAUAUUACAGAAAUCAUAUAAAUUGUACUUUUCAUAUACAUUUAAAAGCAGAAUCAUAGGCUAAAUUUCUUUCUAUGUUGUAUGUUUUGUCUUAAAUACUGUAGAAACAUCAUCUUUUGAUUAU